UAUCUCCUGGGGCCACUGUUUAACACACACACACACACACACACACAAACCUUCAUUGCUCUCUGUACACCGAUCCAAUUAGAGCUGACAAAUACUGUAGAAAAAAGGAUUCUACCACCAUGUCAUUGAUCCUUAAGUGAUGCUAGGGGUCACUAAUUGGUCUGCGAUGGUGAGGGGGAGGGGCUAGAUCACUCAUUCAGGAGACCACACCUGCUACAACAAAGCACCAAUGAGUCGGGAUCAGAAAACCUUCAGACUCAAAAAGCAUACACAGCAAAUCAUGGCAGUUUCUGACUUGUGGAUAAUCACAGAAUGUUGAAGUGCCUCCCUCCCCAAUGAUGUGUGUCCCUCCCCAGUAACAUGCCCACCAAGUCAUCUAUAACAUGCAGCCAUCUCCCCAAUGAUGUGUGUCCCUCCCCAGUAACAUGCCCACCAAGUCAUCUAUAACAUGCAGCCAUCUCCCCAAUGAUGUGUGUCCCUCCCCAGUAACAUGCCCACCAAGUCAUCUAUAACAUGCAGCCAUCUCCCCAAUGAUGUGUGUCCCUCCCCAGUAACAUGCCCACCAAGUCAUCUAUAACAUGCAACCAUCUCAAACACACGCAAUCCUGCCUCAGUGCUACAAUUACAUGAUUGCCUUUUUGUUUUUUGUAUCAAAUCUCCUUUGCCCCUCAGGACCAGAUCACAUGAUGUGGGUGUCUACCUCCGCUUCCUGCUUCAGACCCACCCAGUCUACUCCCUCCCCUCUCAUCUCUCUCCAUCCCUCCAUUGUCUGUCUUUCUCACUCGGUUUUCCCCACCUCUCCCCCAGCCCCUCUCUCCAUCUGUUUCUCCUCUUCCGCACUUCUCUCUAGUUCUCCCUGACACGUUUGGGCUGCAGGACGAAGAAACCCUCUCUGCCUGACCUUUCAGUUACCUUCCUGUCUUUUCCCUUUAUCUAAAAACCUUGUCGGUCGCUGGCUUGCGUUCCGUCCAGGAGAUGUUUCCUUCAUCCUGCUCGUUUUGUCUUCAAUGCGGCGUGCGUCUCGGGGGCUUGACAGGCAGCUCGGUAUAUUACGAGUCGCUGCGGUCCGGACUGCAGCAGUGAGAAUCCACUGCAGUGUUCCUGUGUGUGUUUGGGCUGUGGGUAUGUGCGGGUGUUGGGCUGCGCGUUUCUGGCUGCGCGUGUGUUCUGCCGUUUCUGUCAGCGGCUGGGUCCUCCUGAAGGGACACCCUGCAUGUGUCAGAGUGCUGCUGGCUGCUGCUGAACCUGCGGUGCCUCAGAAUAGCAACACAGCACUGCAGGUUCCACACUCUCCUCCUUUCUUCUCUCUGUCGCCUUCUCCUACACCCACACCCCCUCCUCUUCUCCUAGUUAUGUCGCUUCCUCUGUAACUCUUACCCUUUGAUGUCUUCUCUCCCCCUCUUCUCUCACUCUCUCUUUUCCCUCCUCAUAAUCCUAUCCUGUUCGGUAGCCUGUGAAGUUAUAUGACGGCGCCGAUGAUUUUUAAGAGCGGGCUCAUUCAGGGAGAGCUGUAGUCAUCUGUGUUGUGUUCAGGCUAGAGGACAGGUAGUCAGUUGUCAGGGACCUCCUCUGUAGCGUGUUUCAAAGCGAGGGAGACGCGCUGCCCAGGUGGGUUCGGUCACCAUGGCGGCAGCCAUUCAGGACUUCCAGCGGAGCGAGCAGGACCGCCUCAAUGAGGUGAAGGGUCAUCUGGAGAUUGCCUUACUGGAGAAACACUUCCUACAAGAGGAGUUGAGGAAGCUACGAGAAGAGACCAACGUGGAGAAGAUCAGGGAAGAGCUGGAGAAGGAGCGGGGAAAGAGGGUGGAGCUGGAACUCCGAAUAAACGAGGUGCUCAAAUCCAGGUUGGAAGAUUCACCGCCGCAGCCAGCCCGGAAACCCCCCUCUCCAACCCCCGCCACCAACGGCAAAGACUCCGACAAAGAGAAGCCGUCCCAGGGAGAGACACUCUACCUCCGGGCGUGGAGGUGGUUCUACGACAAGGUGGGGGUCUACAUGGAGGACUUCCGCUUCGUUCCCGAGGAGAGCACUGUGGAGGCCGAGGAACCACUGAGUGCUAAACGGCUAACAGAAAACAUGAGGCGCCUCAAACGAGGAGCCCGUCCUGUCACGAACUUCAUGAGGAAUCUCUCAGCCCUGUCAAACUGGCAUUCUGUGUACACCUCGGCCAUUGCCUUCAUAAUCUAUAUGAACGCUGCGUGGCAUGGCUGGGCCAUUCCCAUGUUCCUCUUCUUGGCCAUACUCAGGCUGUCCUUGAAUUACCUCAUCGCUAAAGGUUGGAGGAUUCAGUGGAGUAUUGUGCCGGAUAUUACAGAUCCUAUAGAACCGUCAAAGGAUGACCUGACAGUGUCUGAGAAGUUCCAGUUAGUUCUAGAUGUUGCACAAAAAGCACAGAACCUUUUUGGUAAGAUGGCAGAUGUGUUGGAGAAAAUAAAAAACCUGUUUAUGUGGGUGCAGCCGGAGAUCACCCAGAAGCUAUACAUAAGCCUGUGGGUCGCCUUCCUCUCCUCCUGUAUACUGCCCUACAAACUCGUGGGCUUCAUGAUUGGACUCUAUGUGGGCAUUAAGUUCUUCAUCAUAGACUUCUUGUUUAAGAGUUGCCCCAAGCUGAGGGACAAAUACGACACGCCACGCAUAGACUGGAACAACCUGCCCACCGAUCCACAGCUGAAGGAGAGGACCAACGCAACAGUGUCUCGGAGGCUGUCUGGGUCUGAGAAGGUUCAGCCUGUGGUGGCUAGAGGUAGCCUAGCAACUGUCCCGUGCGGUGUAAACCUGGACGGUGAAAGUGCCAGAAUUCACAGCACUAAGAAGGGGGCUUUCCACGAGAUCUUCAACGUGUCUGAAAAUGAGCGCCCUCUACCAGUGUGUGAGAACGGAUGGCGAUGCUGCCUCAUCAACAGAGACAGGAAGAUGCCGACUGACUACAUCCGGAAUGGAAUGCUCUACGUCACAGAGAAUUAUCUGUGCUUUGAGAGCUCCAGUUCCAAAUCUGCUUCCUCUAAGAAAAACAAGGUUAUUAAGCUGGUGGACAUCACAGAUAUCCAGAAGUACAAAGUGCUGUCUGUUUUACCUGGAUCUGGAAUGGGAAUCUCUAUAGCCACUCCAUCCACACAGAAGCCACUUGUGUUCGGUGCAAUGAUCCAUCGAGACGAAGCCUUUGAGGCAAUCUUCACCCAGUACAUGAAGAUCAUGACCACCACCAGACCACCUUCGGGCAGCCCGGAGCUCUAGCCCCACUAUCCCCCGCAAACAGAGGCCUGGGUUGGAGUCAGGGCCUGGCCAGCUCCCCCUGAACUCACCGUGGGUGGAGGAAAGAUGAUUGAGAAUGGACACACCUCCCCACUCCCAUUUCUAGUCCUUGACGAUUCUCCUCUCUGCAUUCAUGACCAGUGGUGUCGUCUGUGUUAGUGUGUACGGAGGAGGGACUGUUAUACCAAUGGGUAUUGUACAUAUGUUCUUCCACUCUGUGUCGGGAUGACGAUGGUAGAUAAAGAAGGUCAUAUUGUCCACACAGAGGUCUCGUUAUGGGAUGGAGCCGGCUCUCCUGCCUGACUGACUGACUGCUUUUGUUCUCAUAUAGAUUUAUGUACGUGCUGGACAGACAUCAUGUGUCUGUACUCACCAGUCCCUUAUUUCUCUGUCUCACUCUCUGUCUCACUCUCUCUGUCUCUCUCUCUGUGUCUCUCUCUCUGUGUCUCUCUCUGUGUCUCUCUCUC